AUGGCAACACCACCUGUGGGGAUGUACCUAGUGGACGCGCUGGACGACACCGCGUUAUUGACCGGUCUCGAGCCAAUGCGCGACGCACUGUCUGCCACGUCAGAGCACAUGCGACAUGCACUGCCACUGGAGAGCAGCAACGCGACGCUGGACGUCGAGAUGAACAUCGACAUGGACGUCUUUUGCCCCGGCGCCAUGUUGGACGCCGACGCGUUUCCGAGCGACUCGGGCGAUGGGUUAUUUGACUCGAGGUUUUAUCCUGCGAUGAGUGGUGACGAUGUGCAGGAGGACAUUGAGCAGAUGCUGUUGUGUGGCUCGGACGAAGCGCUUUUGCACAGUCACGACCAUGACACGAUGCCAGGGCAGCGAUGUCAGUGUCGGACCUUUGCGAUCACAGCAAACCGCGUGCAAACGCCGUCGAAAAAAGUUGGUGUAGCCAUUGCAGCGAGGGAUCAGAGAAAAGUCUUGCGGCACACUUUUGGGUCAGGACAGAGGUUGCAGGGCUUUGGCUUCGACGAAGCAGCUGGUAUCGACCAGACGCCGCAUCUGGAGGUCGAGUUGACGGACAAGCGACAGUCUGCGUCUGCUCAGGAUGUCUUUGCUACUGUGGUAGAGAGAAGAUGUACUGUGAUGGCGGAGGGGCGCUUGGUUGUAGACAGGGAAACGAUACAGGCGCUUCCAGAACGGCCCGAGGCGAAGGAACAGAACGUGGCUCUGACGCCAGCGCAUGUGCGGCAAAAGUCGUGCUCGAUGGAAGAUGACCAGAUAUACAGUAGUCCGUUACAGCGAAGUCUGCCGGUCGGUGCAGUUCCAAGCCCAUUGAGUUCGAUCGACUUCGUGUCGUUGGAGGAUGUGGUUGCAACGCCGUUGUCCAACACGUCACGGUCUACGGUCCGUUCGAAUAGGCCAGCGACAGCGCGUUCGUUGUCGCCUGCUGACGAGCUGGAGAAAAUGACAGCAAGUGGCUCUAAACUGUCAAUACCCAAGAUGAACAUGCUGAAGUGCAACUUCCAAGUGUCUCCGGGGCAUGGCACGGUGCCGCUUGUCACGCCCACGGCGAUGUUACCGCCGCCGUAUUUCCGAGGUGCACUGGACUCGCCAGAAAAGCGACGUGCGCAUUCGAAGACGAUCGACUCAUUCGCGCAGUCGUUGUCAUUCUCGUUCGCAAAAGACGCUUCAACUGGCAUGUGA